AUGAAGUUGGGGUCGAGUUCCCGGCGCGAGUCGACCGGUGUUUCCGUGAAGCGCGAGGCCAAGUUAUCCUUCGGUGCUGUAUCGGGUGACUCGUCCUCGUCGCAAAAAGCAUCGAUCAUGUCGGUACGGAAGGAAAGAAUCCCUCGGAUCAUGGGGGUCUCCACGGUCGUCAAAAACGCCUCGGAGAUGAGAGAUUCCUCCUCGAGCCAGACGGUCCUCUCUUCGCAAAGUCACCGCAUCAGGGGCAAGGCUACCGUCUCCCUGGCGGCCUCGGUGGGUCAAACCGAGACGAGGCGAUCCAGGUCGGGUCCCGGCGAGGGAUCGCCCUUCAAGCCUGUCGGGUCGAGCAAGGUCGAGGCGGAAGCGAGCGCUCGAUUCCUCCGGGAUGCGGCUGCCUCGCAGCAGGCCUCCAACGCCAGUUACUCCUCUACCGUUGCCGUCUCCAAUUCCGUCGACAGAGGCGGCAGCAGCCAACGAAGUAUCUCUUCUGAUAAAGGGCGACACAGAUGCCCCCACCGACCGGGACCCCGAGGAAACACGUCCCACUUCGCCCAAAGCGAUGAGAAGUGCCUGGUCUCGGAGUCGCAUGAACAACACGGCAAGUACUCCGUCUGGGAGGAGGGGCAGGAGGAGCGCCUCUCCUCCGCCCAAGCCAAAUCCUCGGCCGAGAGGAUGGAACGAACGACACAAGAGACAAGAACCGCCGAGGAUUCGGCAAAGUCGAAAUCCUCGUCCUCGUCGCAGGUCGAGGAGUCGGGGGCGACGCUCACUGCAUCCAGUGAAGCCCACGUCUCCUCGGCCUAUCGGGAGGAACGCUUUACCCAUCGCGCCUCCAGUGCCGAGAGGGUCACGAGGAGUGCCGUGUACAAGAUACAAGAUGGCAAGCUUACCGAUACGGAGACCUCCACAACAAGUGAUAUACAGAGGAAAGAGAUGCAGUCUUCCACAAAGCUGGAAAAAGGUUUCGAUGGGAAAGUCACGGGAUCGGUCCAUUCAGUUGCUAUUGAGGCAAAAUCUUCUAGGAAGGACGACCAGGACGCUAUCACGACGGUCGACAGAAAGGAAGAAACCCUUAAAAUUGACGAGCAGGACCUCCGAGAAAAAAGGAGGAAGUCUUUGGAACACAGAAAAAACUUGAAGGGUCAAAUACUAUUUGACGAUAAGGCAGAGCUGGAGUCGACAACACGGCAUGAUUACACAGCAAAAAUGGUUGAGAAAGAAAGGGUCACUCACACCGAAGACCAUCUUAAAAUGGAUCAUAUAUCGAGAGAAGAUGAAGAAAUCCGCGAGAAAUAUGGAGUGAAGUCUCAGAGAGAAACAGAAGCUGAAGAAAAAAGUGCCUUCAGGACAGAGAAGACAGUGAUUCUUCAAAGUGAUAGAACUCAAAUUACGAAACACCCGGAUCAUCUAAAGCUAGAAGGUGACAUGCAAUUUCCAGAUAAGCCAAGUUACGCUCCAGGAGAGAGAGCGACAGUGGUGAGACACCAAGACCACUUGAAGCCAGAAGGUGAUAUGCAGUUCCCUGAUAAACCUGGUUAUUCUCCUGGAGAAAGGGCGCCUAUUACGAAGCACCCAGAUCACUUGAAGCCAGAAGGUGACAUGCAGUUCCCUGCAAAAGAAGGCUGGUCUCCAGGUGACAGGGCUCCCAUUAAGAAGCACCCAGAUCACCUGAAGCCAGAAGGUGACAUGCAGUUCCCUGCAAAAGAAGGCUGGUCUCCAGGUGACAGGGCUCCCAUUAAGAAACACCCAGAUCACCUGAAGCCAGAAGGUGACAUGCAGUUUCCCGAUAAACCUGGGUAUUCUCCAGGUGAUAGGGCUCCCAUCAAGAAACACCCAGAUCACCUGAAGCCAGAAGGUGACAUGCAGUUCCCUGCAAAAGAAGGCUGGUCUCCAGGUGACAGGGCUCCCAUUCAGAAACACCCAGAUCACCUGAAGCCAGAAGGUGAAAUGCAAUUUCCUGACAAACCUGGCUAUUCUCCUGGAGAAAGAGCACCAAUGGUGAGACAUCCUGAUCAUCUGAAACCAGAGGGUGGAAUGGAGUUCUCGUCUGUAUCACGUGAGGAGUUCAAAUUGAAAGGCAAGGGUGAGCGGUAUGACAUAAACCGUGUUCUUGAUCAUCUCAGUAUGGAAGGCUCGUUCGAAGGUAAAACGUCGAUGAAAGAGGACUACCUCGCCGUGAAAGGUGAACGCUGGGAAACGACAAGGAAAGAGGAUCAGCUUAAGCUAGAAGGGGAAUUCGUAGGAGAAUCGUCAUCUAAGGAAGCGUAUGUAAGACAUGAGAAGGGAGAACGGUGGGAAAAACGUGUCAAUAGGGAAAAUUUACAUCUCGAGGGGGAAUUCCAUGGAGAAUCAUCCUCGAAGCAGGACUACAAACAGUUUGAAAAGGGAGAUCGCUGGGAGAAUGUUACUCAUAAGGAUCAACUGAAGAGUGAAGGAGAAAUGUCCUUUGAAACUGUUAAUCAAGAGGCAUAUAAAGAAUCGAAAGGAGAAAGAUGGGAGAUGAAGAAAAGGGAAGACAACCUUCGAAUGGCUGGAGAAAUCGAAUAUCCUCAGAAGGAAUCAUACAAGCCAGGAGACAGGGCACCCAUGGUGAAGCAUCCCGAUCACCUGAAGUCCGAGGGGCAUAUGCAGUUCCCUAAGAAGGAGGAUUGGGCUCCAGGAGAAAGGGUUGCUAUCAAGAAACACCAAGAUCAUUUGUACCCUGAAGGAAGCAUGGAAUUUCCAGAGAAACCCGGAUAUUCCCCCGGAGAGCGGGCAACAGUGGUGCGUCACCCGGAUCACCUUAGGCCAGAGGGUGACAUGCAGUUCCCCGAUAAGGGAACUUGGUCGCCGGGUGACAGGGCUCCCAUCAAGAGACACCCAGAUCACCUCUAUCCUGAAGGACGAAUGGAGUUCCCAGAAAAGCCUGAGUAUGCACCAGGAGAGAGGGCGCCCGUGGUCAAACACGCUGAUCAUUUGAAACCCGAAGGAAAUAUCCAAUUCCCUGAAAAAGAAAACUGGUCGCCUGGUGAAAGAGUUCCUGUCAGGAGGCACCCUGAUCAUCUCUAUCCCGAGGGAGGCAUGGAAUUCCCCGAAAAGCCUGGGUACGCACCAGGAGAGAGGGCACCCGCGACGAGACAUCCGGAUCACCUGAAACCUGAGGGGGAAAUGCAAUUCCCUGAGAAGGAAAGCUGGGCACCAGGGGAAAGGGUUCCCAUUAAGAAGCAUCCCGAUCACCUUUAUCCUGAAGGAGAGAUGGCAUUUCCUGCAAAACCUGGGUAUGCGCCAGGGGAAAGGUCAUCCGUGGUGAAACAUCCUGAUCACCUGAAGCCUGAGGGAGACAUGGAAUUUCCUGCCAAGGAGAGCUGGGCGCCAGGGGAAAGGGCUCCGAUCAAGAGACACCCUGAUCACCUUUAUCCCGAAGGUGGCAUGGAAUUCCCUCAAAAGCCUGGGUAUGCGCCAGGAGAAAAGGCACCCGUGGUGCGACAUCCCGAUCACCUGAAGCCUGAGGGAGAUAUGCAAUUCCCUGAGAAGGAAGGCUGGGCGCCAGGGGAAAGGGCUCCUAUCAAGAGACAUCCCGAUCACCUUUAUCCCGAGGGAGGCAUUGAGUUCCCUCAAAAGCUCGGGUACGCACCAGGAGAGAGGGCACCCGCUGUUAGACAUCCGGAUCACUUGAAACCUGAGGGGGAGAUGCAAUUCCCUGCAAAGGAAAGCUGGGCCCCUGGAGAGAGGGCUCUUGUCAGAAAACAUCCUGAUCACCUUUAUCCGGAGGGAGGCAUGGAAUUCCCUGAAAAACCUGGGUAUGCGCCUGGGGAGAGGGCACCAGUGGUGAGGCACCCUGAUCAUCUAAGGCCAGAGGGAGUUAUUCAGUUCCCUGCAAAGGCAGGUUGGUCUCCUGGAGAAAGAGAACCUGUCAAGAAGCAUCCUGAUCACCUUUAUCCCGAAGGGAGAAUGGAAUUUCCCCUCAAACCUGGGUAUUCUCCAGGAGAGAGGGCACCCAUGGUGAAACACCCGGAUCACCUGAAGCCUGAGGGAGAUAUCCAAUUCCCUGCGAAGGAAGGCUGGGUCCCUGGGGAACGGGCUGCUGUCAAGAGACAUCCCGAUCACCUGUAUCCCGAGGGAGGGAUGGAAUUCCCUCAAAAGCCAGGGUACGCGCCCGGGGAAAGAGCGCCUGCUGUGAAACACCCAGAUCACUUGAAGCCUGAGGGCACCAUGGAAUUCCCUUCAAAGGGCGGUUGGUCUCCUGGUGAAAGGGCAGCCAUCAAGAAGCACCCAGACCAUCUUUAUCCAGAGGGAAAUAUGGAAUUCCCUCCAAAGCCACAGUACGCACCAGGAACGCGAGCACCCGUGGUUCGUCAUCCCGAUCAUCUGCGAUCGGAAGGCUCCAUCAUGUUCCCAGAAAAGCCUCAGUGGGCUCCCGGUGAAAGGAUGCCCAUCAGGAAGUACUCAGACCACCUGAUGCCACAGGGAGAGAUGCGAUUUCCACAAAAGGCGCCAUACGUGCCAGGUCUUAGAGUACCGCCCAUGAAACACCUGGAUCAUCUUCAGCUUGAGGGUGUUCAUUACUUCCCAGAAAAGCCUUCUUGGUCUCCCGGUGAACGCGCUCCCGUCAGGAAGCUGCCAGACAAUCUGAGACUGGAAGGUGCUAUGGUGUUCCCUACGAAACCAGUAUUCAUCCCAGCAGAGAGGUUGUCUGUGAAGAAGUAUCCUGAUCACUUGAAGCCUGAGGGAGAUAUCCUCAUCUAUCGUCGCAGCAAAGACGAAUUCCAAGCAUACGCUCCUCAGGCUCGCCUAUCUCGCCCCAGAAGUGCGGAAAAUCUCUAUAUUGGUGAAGGAAAGUUUGAGGAUUAUCGGAGAAGCAAAGAUGAGUAUCGAGAGUACACACUGGAGAGGGCCACAAUCAGGAAGCAUGAGGACAACCUCCGUGUGAACCAAGACCGAUUUGAGGGACAAUCGGCAGCGAGAGAUGCUUACAGAGAAUUCAGGGGUGAUAGAGCAAAAAUGGUGAAACACUCAGACAACCUGAAGCUGGAAGGGGAAUACGUCCCACAAAGACUGAAUGACUUUCAACCAUUCAGGGUCGUGAGACAGCCUUUAGUCAAACGAGCUGACAACAUUCACCUGGAAGGAUCCAUGGAUAUGUAUCGAAGGUCGCGAGAAGUCCAUCACGAAUACCCACCAACGCGUCCCUCCAAAAAGACAUACGAUGACAACUUAAAGAUCAUUGGGGAGAUGAACCUCGAGACGACAGCGGGACAAGCCUUCACGAGGAAACAAGCAAUGAGAAGUGCCCCUGUACGGCGGAUUGGAUCCAAUAUCCAUCAAGAAGAUCACACUUUCUACGGAAGAACUACAAAAAUGGAUGACUAUCAAUACAGUCCAACACAAAGGACAAAAAUGGUCCACUUCGAGGAUCACUUGAAACAAACAGGGCAAAUGGAUUCCUAUCGACGGAACACUGAAGAAUACCGUCAGCAUGAAAUUCAAAGAACUGAGGUGAGAAAGUAUCAGGACAACUUGAAACAGGAAGGACACUUCGAAGGAUAUAGGAAAACCCAAACAGAAUUUCAGCAGCAUCCACUGAAAAAGCAAGAGGUGACAAAACAUCUGGAUAACCUCAAGUCAGAGGGAAAAAUGGAAUUCCCUGGACAAGUACAGUAUCUUCCUGGAGAGAGAGCAGUUCCCAAAAAACGACAUGACAAUCUCAAAUCAGAAGGGGAAAUUGAAUUCCCUGACAAAGCACCAUAUGUUCCUGCUAUUCGUCCUGAAGUGCACAGGCAUCCAGAUAAUCUAAAGCCUGAAGGGAUCAUGGAGUUUCCCGGACAAAAGUCAUACAUGCCUGGAGAAAGGGCUCCAGUAAAGAAACAUCCAGACAACUUGAAGACAGAAGGACAAAUGGCAUUUCCCCAAAAGGAAGGGUUUGUACCUGCUGCUCGUCAGGAAGUGCACAAGCAUCCUGAUAAUUUAAGGCCUGAAGGAGUGAUGGAGUUUCCUGGGCAGCAACCAUAUGUGCCUGGAGAAAGGGUACAAGUAACAAGGCAUCCAGACAACUUGAAAUCAGAAGGACAAAUGGCAUUCCCCCAAAAGGAGGGCUACGUACCUGCUGCUCGUCCCGAAGUGCACAAGCAUCCUGACAAUCUAAGACCUGAAGGAGUGAUGGAGUUUCCUGGGAAGGAAGUAUAUGUGCCUGCUCCCCGUCCUGAGAAGAAGAGGUAUCCAGACAAUCUGAAGCCUGAGGGGCUCAUGGAAUUCCCUGAGAAACAGGCGGCUUCACGAGGUGAGAGAGCAGUGGUCGUACGUCAUGAAGAUAACCUUCAAAUGCAAGGUAAUAUGGAAAUUUAUCAGAAGUCCGUUGAGGAGUACUCAAAACAUGAAUUGAAAAAAGCUGACGUUAAGAAACUGAGAGAAACCUUAAAAAUGGAGGGGACCUUCGAUGACUAUCACAGAUCGCAGGAAGACUACAAAAUGGUCAAGGGGGAACGAGCUGAAAUUGUACGGCAUGAAGGAUCCUUGAAAAUAGAGGGAGAUCUCCAGAUGCACGAAAAGGUGAAGGAAGACUUUUCUGGUUUGUCCGCAGAAAAGGUGCAUACCGUUAAGAGAAUGGACAACUUGCACAUUGGCGGGAAGAUGGAUUUUCCCACCCCAGAACCAGCUCCAGUAGGCGAAAGAGCGAUGGUAAAGAGACACCCUGAUAACCUGAAACCUGAAGGUGAAAUGAGUUUUCCCGAGCGGCAGACGUAUCAGAGACCUGAUAAGUCACAGAUAGUCAGACAUCCUGACAAUCUGCAUUUGGGUGGGAAAAUGGAAUUCCCAGAACAGGUAGCUUAUCAGCCUGGAGAUAGGCAUCCUGUCAGGAGGCAUCCUGACAAUCUUCAUCCCGAGGGAAAGAUGGAGUUUCCUCUCCCAGACGAAUACCGACCGGGGAAAAGAGCAAAAAUGGUCCAUCACGCAGAUAAUCUCAAACCAGAGGGUCAUAUCGAAUUCAAGUCGCCCAUGCCAGCUCCGGCCUUAGCGAGUCGGCCAAUUCAGACCAGACAUUUGGACAAUCUGAUUCCGGAGGGUCAAAUGGAAUUCCCCGCGCCCAAAGAUUACAAGCCUGGUGAGAGGAUGGCUAUCGUUAAGCACGCAGACAAUCUGAAGUUGGAGGGUGACUUCACCGACUAUCACAAAACCAGGGAGGACUUCCAGGCCUCCAGAGUCGAGAGAUUGGAAACUAAAAAGCAUGAAGACAACUUAAAGAUGGAGGGUGAAUUCCAGGCCUAUAAGAAGACCGUGGAGGACUACCAAGCUGUGUCGGGUGAGAGAGCUCAAGUACGAAGGACCGAGGACAAUCUGAAAAUUUCUGGGAAGUUCGAGGAUUAUCAGAAGAACAAAGACGACUAUCGGGCCUACGUGGCAGAACGUCAGGAAGUGCGGAUCCACGGGGAUCACCUGAAACCUGAGGGGAAGAUGGAAUUCCCAGAACAACUUCCUUACAUCCCUGGAAAGCCGGAAAGACCGAUCGUCCGCACCGACAACCUAAAGCCUGAAGGGGAGAUGGAGUUCCCGAAGAAGCCGGAGUACGUGAGCGGAGAGCGUCCUAAGGCCCAAGUCCCGAAGGAGACCCUGAAGAUGGAGGGGAAAAUGGAAUUCCCGGAAAAGCAGGAGUAUCGGCCAGGAGAGCGAAUGCCGAUCAAGAAGCAUCCUGAACAGCUGAAGCUUGAAGGAGAGAUGGAAUUUCCAACAGGCCAGCCCUAUCACCCAGGCGAACGUCUUCCCGUCAGUCGCCACCCGGACAACCUUCGUCCAGAGGGAGAUAUGGAAUUCCCUAAAAAAGAAGGAUUCGUCCCAGCCGAACGCAUCGUGCAGCAACGCCACCCUGAUAACCUGAAAAUGGAAGGCGUGAUGGAAUUCCCUAAAGCUGCUCCUUACGUAGCAGGUCAGAGACCCGAAGCGCGAAUGCAUCAAGACAACUUGAAGAUGGAAGGAAAUGUGGACUAUCCCACAAAGCACCCCGUUCUCGCUGGGGAAAGGCCGGAGGUGAAGCGACAUCCAGACAAUCUAAGACCUGAGGGCGAAAUGGAGUUCCCAAAAGCCACUCCGUACGUUCCUGCGAAAAGACCCGAGGUGAAAGUCCACCCAGAUAACCUCAGGAUGGAAGGUGACGUGGAAUACCCAACGAAACCCCUUCCUCGGCCAGCCGAAAGAGCUGACAUAAAACGUCAUCCUGACAACUUGAAGCUGGAAGGAUCUAUUGAUUUCAAAAAGCCAGAGGAAGUACCAAAACCAUCACCUCGAGAAGUGCCAAAGAAACACGUCGAUAAUCUCCGCUCGACCGGCACGAUGAGCUUCCCCGAACAAGCGCAGGCCCCACUCUAUGGAGACAGAGCUGUGGUGAAAAGACCGCAGGAUAACCUACAUCUCGAGGGGUCCAUCGAAGAGUAUCGAAAAGUGCAGGAAGAUUAUGCUCAACACGAGCUCAGAAAAUCUGAAGUGACGAAGCAUGAAGACCACCUGAAAUUGGAGGGGGAAUUCUCGGAGUACAGAAGGACUCAGGAAGAAUUCCGAGGGAGUCGGGGAGAAAGGGCGGCAGUGGUUAAAAGGGAAGACCACCUGAGAAUGGAGGGAGAAUUCCAGGAUUAUCACAAGAGUUUGGAAGAAUUCAAAAUCGCGAAAAGCGAACGAGGACAACUAGUGAUCAGGGACGACAAUUUGCGACCGAGUGGGGAGAUGGAAUUCCCCGAAAAGUCACCUGCUCCCGCGCUGCCAGAAAGGACUCAGGUAAAGAAAGCGGCAGACAACUUGUCGCUUGAGGGUCAAAUCGAUUUCGGUCCUCCUCGUGUUCCCUUCCCUUCCAAAGUAGAACGUCCAGAGGUAGUGAAACAUUCCGAUAACCUGCGACCCGGGGGCGAAAUGGAGUUCCCCGAGAAGCAGGCUUAUGUGCCUGCCGAAAGGUUGCCUCCCAAGAGACAGCCGGAUAAUCUGAGGACAGAGGGGCAGAUGGAGUUCCCGCAGAAGCCCGGUUACGCGCCAGGCGUCAGAGCUGAGGUCGUCAAGCAUCCCGACCACUUGAGAUUGGAAGGGAAAGUUGAAUAUCCCGAAAAAGGAGGACCCGGGAUCGCCGAACGUCCCCAGGCAGCUGUGCACCCUGACAAUCUUAAAUUGGAGGGACCGAUGGAAUUCCCAGAAGAGCAGAGAUAUCAGCCAGGAGAUCGAGCUCCAGUGAAGAGACAUCCGGACAACCUAAAACCGGAGGGAGAAAUGACAUUUCCCGAGAAAGAGAAAUUUACACCUGGAAAGCGGUCUCCGAUCAAGAAACACCCGGACAAUCUUCAUCCAGAGGGAGAUAUGACAUUCCCAGAAAGAAACAAAUACUCCCCAGGUGGGCGAGCCCCAAUCAAAAAGCAUCCAGACAAUCUUUACCCAGAGGGUGAGAUGACUUUUCCUGAAAAGGACAAAUAUUCCCCUGGUGGGCGAGCUCCAAUUAAGAAAUACCCAGACAAUCUUCACCCAGAAGGUGAGAUGACCUUCCCAGAAAAAGACAAAUAUUCUCCAGGCGGACGACCCCAAAUCAAAAAGCAUCCCGACAAUCUUCACCCAGAGGGAGAGAUGACCUUCCCACAAAAGGACAAAUAUUCUCCAGGCGGACGAGCUCCAAUUAAGAAAUAUCCGGACAAUCUUCACCCAGAAGGUGAGAUGACCUUCCCAGAAAAAGACAGAUAUUCCCCAGGUGGACGAGCGCCAAUCAAAAAGCAUCCGGAUAAUCUUUACCCAGAGGGUGAGAUGACGUUUCCUGAAAAGGACAAAUAUUCCCCUGGUGGGCGAGCUCCAAUUAAGAAAUACCCGGACAAUCUUCACCCAGAAGGUGAAAUGACCUUCCCAGAAAAAGACAAAUAUUCCCCAGGUGGACGAGCGCCAAUCAAAAAGCAUCCGGAUAAUCUUUACCCAGAAGGUGAGAUGACCUUCCCCGAAAAGGGAAAGUAUGCUCCAGGCGCCAAGGCUCCUGUCAAGAAGCAUCCCGAUAAUCUGCAAAUAGAAGGUGAAAUGGAAUUCCCAAAGAAGGAGUCUCUCCGCCCGGGUUCCCGAGCACCCAUGAAACGACAUCCGGACAAUCUGAAAAUGGAGGGGAAGAUGGACUUCCCAGAGAAGACGGGCUUCACCCCCGUGAAGCCGCCGAAGGUAAAGAAACAUCCUGACAACCUUCAUCCCGAGGGCCAGAUGGAGUUCCCACAGAAGGGAGGCACUUUCCCUCUGACUGCCAAGACGCCGCCCGUCAAGCGAUACCCAGACAACCUGAAACCGGCAGGAGGCAUCGAGGUCUACAACAGGAUAGCCGAGGACUUCCGAGUUUCUUCACCAGACAGACCAUCGGUGAUAAAGCCGCAGGACAAUUUGAAAGUGGAGGGCAAAAUGGAGACAUAUCAGAAGACUAGAGAAGACUAUAAACAAGGAAGAGGGGACAGAGUUGAGGUACGCAAGCACGUGGACAGCCUGAAACUGGAGGGAGAAAUGGCAGUUUCGUCCCGACAGCACGAGGAAUACAAGGCUCACACUCUAGAGCAGAGGACCCCGAUAAAGAGACACGGAGAGAAUCUGCGGAUGUCUGGUGAAAUGGACUUUCACCGAUCCUCCGAGGAAUACAGCGUAAAGGAGAUCGAGAAGCGAGAGCUUCCAAAACGCCUGAAAACGACCGAAGUUCAGAGUGGGGCGAUGGAAUCGACGACGACAUCGAAGGAAGCCUUCCAGGGUCAGCAGACGCAACGAUCUCAAGUCAAGACUUAUUCCGACAAUCUGAAGAUUGAGGGUUCGCAGGAAUUUCAGACCAGCACCCAGCAAGCCUUCAGCGCCAAAGCUGGAGCCCGAAGCAUGGCCAAGAGGCAAGAGGAUAACCUGAAGAUGGAAGGCGUCAUGGAUUUCCCUCGAUCCGGGGCAUUACCUGCGGGUGAACGUCCCCAGCCCAAAAGACAUCCCGACAACCUGAAGUUGGAAGGCGAAAUGGAUUUCUCCAAGGGUGCACCGUCUCCGACGAGAGCCGAACGACCUCAAAUCAAAAGACACGAUGACAACUUGAAGAUGGAGGGGAAGAUGGAGUUCCCGGAGAGAGCGGAAGCCCCCAGGGGAGAACGAGCUCAGAUCCAGCGCCACGCAGACAACCUCAAGAUGGAAGGGAGCAUAGAUUUCCGCAAGACGGUCACCAGUCUCCAAGCGGUUCCGAAACAAGAAGCCACCGAAAAGCAGGUGCUGAAGCGAGAGAGCGAGGUCGGGAAACGCCAGCAGACGCGGAUCACAUCGGCAACCAGAAGAGAGGAAGAGACGACGUCCAUCCACAAGUCCGAGUACGAGGCGACGAGCCAGGCGGAGUACGUCGGACGCAAGACGGAGCGCAAGAAGUGGCAGCGGCCUGAAACGGCCCUCAAGCAAAGCGGACAGUUCGAGUUCGCCGUGAGCAGCAAGGAAGACCUGGCGAAGGACUACGGUAGUGCAGCAUCUCUCAGACAGGAGGUUCGAAGCGUCGCCUCCUCGCAAGGGACGGAGGACAGCAGCCUGCUUAGGGCCCAGGACACCUCGCUCACUUCCGGCGUCAAGUCGGUCGGUUAUCAAAAAUGGUCUUCCCACGCCCAACAGUCCUCCUCGCAACAGAGCAGCAGCUACAACAUCGUCUCGUCCAGCUCCCGCUUCGAAGGCGAAUCGGAAUCCCGCAGCUACGGGAAAUUCCGAACGACGGAGAGAGUGCGUCCGGUGAAAUACACUCAUGCGACUUCCUCGAACAUCCUCCCAUCGAGCGAGGGAUUCCAAACCUCUUCCUCCUACAAGGAAGAGUACAUCUACAAGCCGUGCCCCGCGACCUUACUCGGUACGGAGAAGUCGCCCUACUCCUACGCUCACGAUGACAGGCGCGGUCACAAAUUCUAUCUACCCGUUCCCUCCAAUUGA